AUGGAUCACUCUGGUCCAACCGGGCGUGCAUAUAGAUCGAAGAUCAAACGGCCUUGUGACCGAUGUCGACUCAGGAAGACAGCCUGCGUCCUUCCAGAGGGCCCACCCUGCAGGAGUUGUUUCACUAAUAACAAAGAAUGCACUUUCAAACUGCGUCCCAGAUUGAAAACCCGGCGCAUGAGUACAGAAAAUCAAGCUCCUCACGCUACUGCGUCUUACGAGGUGCCAAAUCCAACAUUGCAACCCAGUCCUAAUAGUACUCGAUUGCACCACGACCCGUUCGACCAGGACAGGGGCUACUCCUACAAUGAUCCAGUCCAAAUGUGGCCGGGGCAACAUGCUCAAAAUGAGCCUCAACCUGAUCUCAUGACCCGUCAUACCUCAAUGGAAUCUAUGGAUGACCAUCCUAUCAGUCCGGAUCAAGAGUCACCACAGCAAAUCGGGGCCAUUACCAGUCCUGCAUCGCAGCCAGUCCAGCGCAUCCGGUCGCUAGAUCUCAUUGAAGGAUCGAUCGCGCAGUUCUACGGCAUGUCCUCGGAGUCAGAUCCGUGGCUGCUUCGACAUUGCCGAUACGAUGAAUAUGGCAUGCGCAGCCUGCAUCGGACUCACAUCCGUAAUGUCGGCGGCGUCCCGGUUGAAGGGCUGGUACCGGUCCAUUUUCUUGAGACCGAGAAGGAUCUUAUGCUGCCAAAGGGCUCAGAUAUGGAUACUCGGUCUCAGAAGGACGUGAUGCAAGACCGGAACCAACUCAAUGAUAUGGUCUCCCCGGAACAUGGCAAGAGGCUUCUAUCCUUAUUUCUUCGAUUCGUGUUCCCAGCCGUCCCAAUAAUAUCCAGGUCCCAGCUUGGUAUUACUUCAGGAGUGUCGACUGCUGUGUUGGAGAAGAUCCCCGUUCAUUUGCUUGCGGCGAUUUAUGCCUUGGCCAUCCCUUUCGCAGUCCAUGACUCGGUGCUGUGUGUAUCUGCCGCAUAUGGGGAGCUCUUGUCCGAGAAGCUGUGGCAUACGGUCUACGAGCUUAUCCUCCAGGAGACUCACACACCAAAGCUGGCAGUUUUGCAAGCAUCUUUGCUCUAUCUGCAACAAAUUCCCGCCGGAAGCCUGAAAGCCCUCCCUGAUGGGCCAUUCAUUUGGUCUUUCCUUGGGUCUACAGUGGCCCUGGCUGUCUCCCUCGGUCUUCAUGUUGAACCCCGGCCAUGGGGGAUUCCCCCGUGGGAGAAGCGCCUGCGGAGAAGACUGUGGUGGGCAGUCUACGUAGAAGACAAAUGGCGGAGUCUUCUUACGGGCCGGCCUUCAUUUAUCCACCCUGAUGAGUUUGAUAUCUUUGACCUUAGUGCCGGUGAUUUCAUCCAAGAUGAGAAAGCCGACGAACAUGACCAUAAUUGCCAGCCGCUUUUCUACUACACUACAGGUUUGGCUCGGAUCAUCGAGAAUCUGUAUCGGACAUUUUAUACCAUAAAAGCCUCUCAGAGAGUAUCAGAUGACUUUCGCGCGUCCAUCGACGCUGCACGACCCAUCCGCGCCCAGCUUCAACAAUGGUACUUAUCCCUUCCCGAUACUCUUCGACUCAAGCGUGGCUCCGUUUCAAAUAGCCACAUAGCAUCUGACCCAGUAAAGGGUGCGUCCGACCUUCAUUUCUCAUACUUGGUUCUUGAGAUGUUCCUUUACCGCGCCAUUCUCCGUCCUCUUGCCCAAUCACCGCCACCGCCACCGAUAUCAGACGACACAGAUCCAACCCCGAUGGGAGCUUUCUGGCUCGUUGAAGACCUAACGUUCGACACUCACGGCUUCGAUCAACUCCCAGCCAUGAAUUCCAUGCAGCUUGGCGAGGCUGAAGAGGCUACCCUCAAGGCUGCGGAAAAGUGUGCGGCCAUAAUCGUCAAUUUUGUAGGAGCCUUGGCGCCCCAUGAGUUUGGCUCCUUCUGGCAUCCUUGGAACCGAAUCUGCUUUGCCGCAGUAUCCAACUUUGUCACUCUGCUCCUUGUUCAAGCGCCGACCAGGCAACAUGCAUUGAGAUCGAGGGAUUUGCUUGAGCUGUGGUCACACACGCUUCGUUGCCAGCAUUGGAGCCAUGAAGGCCUAAUGAAGCUCGGUCUGGUACGACUAAAUCAGAUGCAGAUCGAGGGAUUGGAGAACAUCUUCAAUUUGCCUGCGCAUGUAUCCGAGAUAUUAAGGGAUACACAGCAUGCUUAA